GCUAGAGGGUAGGCCUAGAGUCCGUACGGCUAGGCCUACCGGCCUAGGCCUAGUCUAAAAGAUUUUUUCGGAAAAAUCUGCGUGGAAAUUGGCCCUUAUUUUUCCAAUUGCGUGGACGGUUUUUAUGGCAUUUUUUUGUUUGGGUGGAUCGGCUUCUAACUAGGCCUAGCCAAUUCAUAGUCUGGGGUCUACCUUCCUAGGCUAGGCCUGUGUUAUAGCCUAGGCCUAGUCUAGCGAGGUCUAUAUGCCUAGGAUAGCCCUUCUUUGCCUAUCUAGGCUAGUACAUCUUUGGCUAGGCCUAUACUGUAGGGAGGGUUAGGGUGGUACUAGAUACUAAUAGACUAAGUCCUAUUGCCAUGUUUGGCCUAUUUUAGCCUAGUUAGUAGGUGGGUGUAUACCCAGGGGAAUUCCAUUUUAACAAAAUUAAAAAAAAAUAUCCUUUUAAAUCUGACAUCAGUGUGCCCUAUUUAAAGUUGUAUGGAUGGAAAACCAAACGGAAUAUUUUAACAUUGCAUGCAUAAUUUAAAGCGUAUCUUUGAUAUUUUUUUUCUGAAAGUAUUUGUAGACUAGAAGUCAACUGAGCCAUUAAAAUCAUACCCUGGGCUUCUAUUUAGGGAAAUAGAACCUGUCUGAGUUAUGAUAAUUGGGCCUAGUCCUUCUAUUAUGUUCUAUAAAAAAUCAUUAGUUUAAUAACAAAAAAUGCAUUUCUGUUAUUUUCAGUGUACUUGUGGAAACUGCGUCGUGGAAGAGAUGUGGAAAAAUCGUUCCUGUUGUCAAGAAAUUGAAAAGGUUAUGCUAAUAAACAAUGAAGAGCCAUACCACAAUGGGUGCAUUACCACACAUCCUUGGUUUGAACCAGCCAUCUUAAAUCCUGUAACACUACAAAUUGCAUAUUGGCAGUAUGUUUCACAAUACCAGGAGCCUGUGACCAAAGGGGGAGUCGAAAGUCGUUACAGGUAUACAGCCUAUCAGCAAUUUGUACGUUGGUGCUGUGGUUAUCUUGGCAAAGACAGGCGAGUGCUGAUGUCGUGUAAUGAAGUCCAUACAUGAGGCAUUUCCUGAACCCACUGCCAACUACACAGAGUUUAAAUAUCCUCCCCAGACAAGUGAAUUUUAGCUUCUCCUUUGACCAGAGGCUCCUCAUGCUGUACCUAUGUUAAUGUAUUGCCAGUAUGAAUUACUAUGUCUGUGUUAAAUUAAUUUUAUCUAUUAAAAUUGUAUAUUUUAACAAUAAUUUAUUUUUGGUUAAUUAAAAUGCAAUUCAACUAUAUAAUAUAGAAUGCCCUGAAAUUGAGGUGUUUUUUGUUCAUAAAUAGGCCUAUACAAUCUGCGUAUCAUUCACUAUGGUUAUAAAAUAGACUAUGUAAAGCAUAAUUCCAAUAGCUUAUGAAUUACAGAGCAAACAAUACAGUGUAAGAUGUAAAAUUGUAUGAUUCAAUUUUCCUGACGAUACUAGGCACCUAUUUAUUAACAAAAUUAAGGCAUUACACUAUACCAGGUUUUGUGUGCUUCGUAAUAGCAUAUUUAUUUUAGUAAUACAGUAUGUCCAACAACCUUAAAAACAAUAUGCAUGUCUUUUUUUUUUUUAAUGUAAUUAGUAUUACUACUCUACUAUAUACUGUAUAAUUGCAAUUCAAUUAAAAUCAUUUACAAUUUGAUUAAUGAAAUACUUGUUUGAUUACUAUUGCAGUAUUCAUGCUACAAGAGACUCUCAUGAUAUUAUUUAACACUGACGAACUAUUAUUAUUUUUUCACAAAAUGGGACAACCUUUGCUAAGUACUGAAACAAAGUGAAGACACUUUCCACUAAUUUACAGUUAGAUUAUGAUUGCAGUAUUCAUGCUAAAGCAUGCUUUAUUAUCAUUAAAUGUAAAGAUUAGUAAAUGUAAUAAUAAAUAUAAUUGUUAUCCAAUUUAACUUGUUUAAAAAAUGAUUAAUGGUAAUUAAUUGCUUGUUUAUUGCACUAACAGUAUUAUCAUUUCAAAAAACCCUUAUACAGUAUAUGAAUUAUCUUAGUAAAUAAAUUGGUUAUAUAAAAUUAUUUUCCAUGAUUUUUUUCUACACAAAUUCAACACAUCAGAAUGCAAUUUAGUCACCAGAAACUAUCUUUUGUUCUCUUUCCAAAAAAGAUAUAGAAACAUUUAAUAAGUGAUAACAAGAACUACCUCAUAAGAAAUGUUUAAAGUACAAUCAGGUACAAACCAAAAGCUUUUCCAAAUAUUGAAGCCCAGGUUGACGAUAAAGGCCUGUUUAUACUUCAACGAUAACGAUCUUAUAACGUUUAUAACACAGUAAUAUACUGCUGUACAAUAACAAUUUUCUGUAAAUGGAAAUAGAGCAAUGCUGGAAUCAGCAAAAAUAAUAACAGUGAGCCUGGGCAUAAUUUGAAUGGCUCAUAUAAAAAAAAGUGUAACAUGGUCAUUUUACUGUAUGGCUAUACAGUAUUUAAUUUCUGUUGAAUCGGCUGAGUAAACUGGACACGAACUGAUUUUUGUCUGGUUUCGGUAAUUUCCCAGCAAUUGUUCCCGGAUCGCACAUUAUUUCAGCAGUGUAAAAAACUCUUUCAUAUUACUUUUUGCC